UACCUUUGUACCUCUUCACAGAACKGAUCAUAAAGUUGUCAGAGUCGGUGCCAAGGCCAAGGCCUCCAUGUCUCUGUACCGCGAUACCAACUACACACAGCCUUACCCAGCUGGUCAGCCAGUCACCCUGAUUGCGGGUUCCUCCCUGCACGUGGGCGUGUCCGUAGAGGAGUCAGAGGCAGAACGUUUUGUUGUUGUUCUGGAAGACUGCUACACCACGGAAUCACCCAGCCCUGAUAAUCUCCCACAGACCUACAUGAUUCAGGACAGGUGUCCUACAAAUCGUACCCAGGUGACAGUGGAGGAAAGCGGCUCAUCCCUCAGGGCUCGCUUCUCUGCUCUACUGCAGGGGGACUACCGUUACAUCUUCCUGCACUGCAGCCUCAGCCUGUGUGACCAGGGGAGCUCCUCCUGCACUCCAGUGUGUUCCAGGAGGAGAUCGCGCUCUGUGUCCAAGUCCAUCCGCCUCAAUCCCCUCACCAUCGGGCCAAUCACCUGGGCCCAGAGUCUGGAGUGAGCCUUGGGACAAUCCUUCAUAUG